AUAAUACGCAUGCGCGAGAAAGCGGCCCUAAUAGCAACACUGCUGCGGCAAAAAGAGGACUUCUAACCUGAUUCCCGGGCCGCGCUGACCGAUCAGGGUGGUCAUCAACGAAUUGGCAUUAUGUCUUAGUAAUGUACAAAUAUCGCACGGUGCAACGAAAAGAAACGCGCGUGUAUUGGUACUAACUAUGUCUACAUGUGGGCGAAGAUGAAUCUACCGUCGAUCAUUCUCGGGGUUCUCUGCUUCCUGGACGUGUUCAUUAGAUCUUCGUAUGCGUGGGACAACGACGAGCUGGAGGUGUUUGAUGUAGUCGAGGAGGUCAAUCAAAAUUUUUACGAUGUGCUGGGCGUCACACAGUCCGCGAACGCCUCGGAGAUCAAGAAGGCUUUCAGACGCCUGUCGCUGCAACUACACCCGGAUAAAAAUUCGGCAGAGGAUGCGGAGUUGCAGUUUAGAAAGUUAGUCGCUGUUUAUGAUAUUCUGAAAGAUUCUGGAAAGCGACAAAAAUAUGAUAAUGUGCUCAUCAAUGGACUGCCAAAUUGGCGAUCGGCGGUAUAUUAUUACCGUCAUGUCCGGAAAAUGGGAUUAUUGGAGAUGAGUACUAUCUUGGUUGUAGUUAUCUCAAUAGGGCAAUAUCUUGUAGCUUGGGCGGCAUAUUAUGAAAAGCGGUAUACUUAUGAGCAAGUUUUUGGUAGUAAACUUCAAAAAAUGCAAAAGAAAAAUAGAAAGAGCAAAACAGAAAUUCCAGAUCUAGAUGAUAUUUUGGAAAAAAUUCCUACUCCAAGCGCAUGGAACAUUCUUCCAUUCCAAUUAACAAAAUGGAUAAUAAAUUCCGUGAUAGCUAUACCUUCUACUGUUUGCCUUAUCGUCCAACUCUUGAAAGAGAGAAAAGAAAGGCAAAGGCAAAAAGAAGAAGAGGCAUUAGCACAAGAAAACGAACAGCCUGAACCUGAAAUAACUAUGCGCAGCGUCAGAAAACGUAGGCCCGGUUUUACUCCGCAAGAAAGAAGUAAUAAUUUUAAGGAGACUAGCAAGAAAAAAGAUUGUGAUUAUUCAAAUCACGUCAAUGAGAAACCAAUGGUAUCUGGUGGUUUGUGGACUGAUAAUGAUAUAUUAGAAUUGAUAAAAUAUGUGAAGAAAUAUCCUGGUGGAACCCCAGAACGAUGGGAGAAAAUCGCGAACGUUAUGAAUCGUACCGUUGCGGAAGUUACGCACAUGGCUAAGAAGAUAAAAGAAGAAGGACUGAAGCCUAGUGAAUCAGUGGAGGAAGUUUCUGUGGAAGAGAAACCGAAAAAAAUCAAGACCCGUAGUGAAAAUACAGUCAGCACUUCUGAGUGGAGUCAAGAACAGCAAAGAGCAUUAGAGGCGGCUCUGACGAAAUAUCCCAAAGGUACAUCUGUAGAUAGGUGGGAAAAAAUUGCAAAUUGUAUUGAAGGAAAGACAAAGGAAGAAUGCCAGGCACGUUACAAACAAUUGGUGGAAUUAGUGAAAAAGAAGCAACAAUCUCAAUAAUUCAAUUUGUAUAGAAUUGUUUUCCCGAAGAUAUACUUUGUAUCAUCGAGCCAAGAAAUAGUAUUACUGAAUAAUAUCAUAAGUGCGGAAGUAAAGAAAAGUGAUAUUUCCUGAUUACACAAAAUAUCAAUUUGUCUUUUUGGAAAAUUACAAAUUUCCUACAAAUUCUUUUAUACGUGUAUCGACGUGUUACAUAUAAAAUGUAUAUGCGUCCAUGAACAAGUUGGGUUAUUAUAAAUCAGAAGUGAAUUUAAGAAAAAGAACGGAAAGAAUAAAUAAGAAAAUCUUUCCUGUCAUAUUAUUAAAUGUUAUCGAGAAUGUAUUUAUUUAAUAAAUUUAAUAAUUAAUUAAGAGGGGAAAGACUGAAAAAUAUAUAAUCUUCAAAUAAUGCCCUCUUCUCUAAUGAAAAGACUGAUUAUUCGAUUCGUUGUAUCAUAUUUUACCGAAGCAGAUAUUUGAAAAACAGAAAGAAUAUCGUAAAUUUAAUGUGACAUAAAUGAAUAUAAUAUAUUACAAUGUUUACAAGUAUGUACAUCGCACAGAGCCCUGUAAAUAAUUCUUUUUUGUAACUACAUUCUUGUACAUAAUUCAAUAAUCGCAUUACAUUUCUCCAGUCUUAUCGUGGCAUUCUAAUAAAAAUCGAUUCAACA